UCUCUCUCUCUCUCUUUCUUUCACUGACAGAAGAAGAGAGUUCGUGCUGAUUAGUUCCACAACAAAAGUAAGAAGCAGAGACAAGGAAGGGAUGACCAACACCUCUGGUUUCUUUGAAGCUGCUGAGUAACACUACGUCGUUUUCUUCCUCCUCCUCCUUCUUCUUCUUAUUGUAACUUAGUUAUGAAGAGGUAUAGAGGAUUCAAGUUGGGGCGGCGGCUCGUGAGAGUUUGGCGAUGGGUCCUCCACCGCCGGAGCCGUCGCGUCCCCAGGAGCUACCUCCGCCUCGACUCCACCACCGACUCCAUCUCAAAAUCCCUCCUUUCCGGGCCUUCGACGACUAUGACGACAAAGCUCGUUCACUGGGGCCGCCAUCUCGCCAGCCGCCUACGCCGCGGCCGGAGCGCAGGAGGAGGAGGAGGAUCAGGAUCGCGGCGCAUGGUUUGUGCCCGGGGCUCCGCUGACGAGGUGAUGUUCGGGGCGGGAGUGUCGUUGCUGGAGAGGGAGGGCGGGCGGGGUUGGACGCCGCCGCCGAAGGGGCACCUGGCGGUGUACGUCGGCGGGGAGAAGGAGGGUGGGCCACCACGCAGAUACACGGUGCCGGUGAUCUACUUCAACCACCCCUUGUUCGGGGAGCUGCUGCGGGAGUCGGAGGAGGAGUUCGGGUUCCACCACCCCGGCGGCAUCACCAUCCCCUGCCCCGCCGCCAAAUUCGAGCUUGUCCGGACGCGAAUCGCCGCCGCCGCACACAACAACAAGCUCCGCCGCUGAUGCCGCCCCAGUCCUCCCGUAAUCCAUCGCAUCACUGUUGUCUUGGAAACAUUUCCUUUUUGGAACUGUUCUUUUUCUCGUGUCAGUAAUCCUUUUUAGUCUUUUAGGAUUAGCUUCUUAUAAUCUUGCCAUGUUCUUGAAUGAGAAUCACAGUACUUCUUCUGUGCUUGGAAA